AUGGGUGUUAUAUUUAGUUGCUGUAAUGUACACAGCGGCGACGAUGAAGAGCAAGAAUCCUUGCUAAGGUCUCAACAUGAGAACAAUAAUAAUGGUGAUCCUAACAGCGAUAGUUACGAUGCAUUGCUUCAAAGACAAUUAGAAUUACAAGAACAGAAAAGACUAACAAGAGAGAAACAAUUGAGAGAUAUAGUUACUGAUACAAAUGAUAAAUUAAUUGAUAUCUCUAUGGUUAGUAAUAGUGGGAUUGUAAUACAGAGCGAUGAUAAUGACAUAUUUAGAAAGGCUGCUUUGGAAGAUUCUGCUAUUACAGCAAAUACCACUGUAUCUAAUGAAGAUAUUACUAACAAUACACAGAAGGACAACAAUGUAACGUCAUUGAAGAAAAGUAAGUAUACAGUGCUUAAUCCUGAUGAACAUCUAACGGAUAAGGAUAAAGAACGACUACAAUCUACGUUGCGUAAUGUAUUGAAAGAGAUAGAGGAGCAAGUCCACAUAGAAGUGCCGGGCAAAUUGACAGUAACUAUCUAA